UGUUGUUAUUUCUCGUCAGUCUCAAUCAGUUUUUUUUCCUUUUGAACAGUUUAAUUUAAUUAUYAUCAUGUGGUUUCAAACAUUAAAGACUCGACAGACAAUUAAAAAGAUUAUUUCUUCAAAUGGCAAUGGACAAGUCGCUGCUCUGGAGUACUCUGAUAAAAAGAUAGAYGUUCACAUGUUGAAGAGAGAAAGCACCCCUCUUUCACUUGAUGAKGGUACCGUAGUGGCAUUUCUAACCCUAGACGAUGGAUCCAUGUAUGCAGUCAGUGCUAGUAUAUGUGGCAAAGGCAGGACAGUGUUAGAAUUCAAGAUAUGGGAUGCYAUGAAUGCCUUGGGAUUUACUUCAAGAGAAAUCCUUGUACAAGACAUGGAGCGACUCAACAUGAAUGAAGGGAAAUUCAAGGCAAUUGUAAAUAUUUCAGAACCGUCCAACUCGACACACCAUAUGCURAAGAUUGAUUCACUUAUGAACUAUUUAAUAGUCUCUGUUGGCCCUGGUUUAGUAUUAAUGUGGAAAUGCAGUAAGGCAGAAAACAUGGUAUUAAAUCUKGAAUUAGUGACUACGAUAAGAUCUUCCAUCACUAUUCAUGAUAUUGUACUUUUGUACACUGGGAAUUUCAUGGGAAUGCAACUCCAACCGGAGGAGAAAGCAAUAUAUUCUAGUUCCAAAGAAGGCAAAAAUCCUUUGUUUUGUCCUCCAGAUGAAGGUGUCCCAAGUGUGUUAGUUGGUGGGUCUGGUGGUGUUCAGAUAUUCACUAUGUCCAAACAAGAAGGUACAAGUUCAAUCAAAGUAGAUGAAACGAAAUUCAGUUCUUCGUUCCACUGUUUUCCAUCAGGCGACCAGUUUGUGCAAGACAUACAAAGGUGUACUUUUAGUUCCUGCAUUUUAUCUGAUAACAGUGGAAGUCUUUGGCUUUUUAAUGCCUCAAAACUUAGUCAAAUUCACUUGCCAAGUAGUAUCAAUGGCCAUGGUGUAUUUGGUGUGCAAAUGAAGUGUAAAAGUGUCCCUGAAGGUUGGAUGGUUACAGUCCAAAAGAACCAAACUGUUAACAUCUACAAACUAGAGGAUGUCCUCAAAAUGAACCAGACUGGCUUAAUUGCUCAGCCUUGGCAUGUUAUMUUUUCCUCCUGCCAGCUUAACUGUGCCACAUUCAUAGAUGCAAAUACAUUGGUUGCCAGCUCUCCUUCAAACCGAACACUUUCCUUGUGGGCUGGGCUCAAUUGCUUGGUUAAAUGAGAGAUACUGGUGUAUAUCAAGUGGCAGAAGACAGCAAUGUGCGAAGUACAUUACUAAAGAGUACAUUACUAAAGAUAUAGAGAAAAGUCAAGAACAUGAACACAAAUGGUUGACACUUCCACAGCAGGUGGAAAAUAAUCUCUGAAGUGUCACAUGAGUAAGUGCAAAGGCAGAAAUCUUCACUAAGACUUCAAACUCUUCUGAAGUGAAUAGAUUAAAAGCUCUUUCACACAACUA